UUUUCCUUAGCACGGCAAUACUCUCGUUGGUAGACCUACCGCGAGGCGAUUGGCAUGACUAACCAUAUGACAUGACAGAAUGAUAUAAAAAAAUUCGAUCGCGUCAAUGGAGCUAUGAAAGAAUUUAAGCACACAAUCAUGGCAAUGAAAUUGCUGUAUAAACAGAAAGGCAGUUGAGUCAACAUGGCUUAUUUUUGCGUGGCGUCAUAGUUUUAGAUUGCGGAUGUGGGUGCGGAUCCUCGCUUAGUAAUUUUUUGCAUUAAAUAAAGCGAAUGAAUUUUCUACUUUUUCGUACAUUUUCAGCGGCACUUUGUGAAACUGAUUUUUCCUAAGCGAAGCAAUUACUAAUUGUAGCAUUAGAAUGUAAAGUUUAUUGUAAGUUUGAUACGUUUUAAUAUUGUCAUACAUUGUAACUAGUUAUAUGAAAAGUUUUACUCAAUAAAACUAUUUUCUCUUAUCCUUCAAGAGCUACCUAAACGCAGCAUUCAUUUCAUUGAACUUUCCAAAAUUUCCACAAUUUGGUUUUCCAGCUUAUACAAACUUAAAUGUAAAGACCGAACGAUUUAUAUUUUCGGUCAUGGUCCAACAAUCAAGACCACCCUAUUUAUCACAUCGACUAUUCUGUAACGCGGCUAUUUGGGGUUCAUUUCUGCUCUUGACGACGCUGGCUGUAAUUAAAUGCGAUUUAAAGCACAAAACUAGAUUGAGAAGUGAGUUUUUCGGCAAGGGUGACGUCAUGAGGACAAACUUCGGUUGGCUGCUGGCAGCGGUAAACGAAACCGCAUUCGUUUAUGCAUCAUCAUUCAAUAAGUCGGUCUUCAUCUCCUUAACGGUACAGGGUGGUAUCAAAGACCGGGUGAGGCAAAUCGCCGUGGAUCUGGAGCCCGGUUGGAGCAGUUACAAGCGAGUUGCCCUGGCGCUGAGACUGGCCGGGAAGAGGUACCAUUACAGUAAGCUGUUCUGCAACUCCAAGGACUACAUGAACUACAUCAUCUCCGGCAAAUUUAAAAGCCCCCGCUUCGACUCAAAGUGCCCGCUCCGUCGCGAUUUGACGAUGUUGACAGUCCGGCAAAUCAACGCCGAUGAUCUAUACUUAGAGACGAAGAAGGCCCGUCUGAUCGUCAACGAAAUACCCAACCAAGAGCCGUCCCAGCGCGUCCUCCGAGUAUCCAGACCUGAGUCGGAGGACGAAUCAGAAACUGACUCAGACGCAAACACUAUAUGUGGCCUGCCUGUAUGUAACUAAUACGGUGAACGGCUCGAGGAUCACACUCAAGUCGUCGCUCUACUAACGUAAGGGCGUAUCUUAAUUUCCACGUGAGCCCUGAUUUACAUAUGGACGUAUUUCUACCAAACAGACCUAUGUGGAGGUGAGAAAUAUGGGGUACGCUCGUUAGUUCUGUUUGGGUAAGAGUGCAUGAGAAUAUUAAAGCGCCAGUGACGUCAGCGGCAACGAUCGAUCGCCGGCACAACGAACAGGUCGUCGUCGGGGCGCUUUAACUCAUGAGUCCUGUGCACAAGGCUCUCUUGCCAUGCCCGCGGCUCAUGAGUUCCGCAUUCAGUUGCACAUAGGUCUGUUUGAUAGAAUGCAAAAUCCCGCU